ACGGCGACAAAGUGUAAAGCGUGAAAGUGUAUAUCAUUAUUAAUGCCACGUUUUAUUUCGCCUAAUUUUUUACCGUUAUGUUUUUCGUCGUCCUCGGUUAACUACCUUAGCACGACUCAUUCGAUAACGAGGAGGGGAGCAGCAGCCUAGUUGUGAAAUACGCUCCCGCGAGGAAGUUUCCCUAAUGAGGGCAAUAAAUCGGCGCGAAAACGAACACGAAGUGCGUGUCGCCGCGGAAAAACAAGCGCCCGAAUAAACCCCGACCGACCGACAUCAUCCUAACGAGGUCGCAUCUAUCACAGGACGGUGACGACGUCGACGGGAGGAAACAGGUGAAAAAAAUCGUGCACGAUCCAAAUCACGCCAAAAGACGAACGGUCGUGCAUAAAAACAGAAACGAAAUCGGAAUUAGGAGAAAAAUAUAACACCCGAAGAAUUAAAGCCUAAAUAGCACUGGAAAAGAGGUGAAGAAAAAUGAACUCGUUCACAAUCACGACACAGUCAGCGCCACCCCGAUCGCAAAGGACAUUCCCACGGUGGCGGUGGCGAACUUUAUCGAUGGCCGCGGCGCUACUGGCGUUGAUGUGUAGUGGGCGGUUGGUUGGAGGUGUGGCAGAACCGGAGCCGCAGCGAAGAGCUAGUGAACAUGCUGGGAGGAAUACAAGUGGCAGCAGCAGCAGCAGUAGUGGUCAGGAUGGGACCGAUCGAGGGCAUUUGUACGGUAUCCCACCAUCCUCAUCCGCCGCCGCCGCCGCCGUUGGAUUACCAUCCUCGUCAUCAUCAGCGACGUCGUCCUCGUCGUCAGCAGUAGGCGCAGCCAGUGGAAGUAGUAGCUCCGGGAGUUCGGCGGACAAGCCGUACUUCGACGACGUCAACUCGCGGAAUGUAACGACGGUGCUGGAGGACACCGCCGUACUCAAGUGCCGCGUCAAACACAAAGGCGACCGAACGGUUUCCUGGAUGCGCAAGCGGGACCUUCACAUACUGACGUCCAACAUCUACACCUACACCGGAGACCAGCGGUUUUCGGUGAUCCAUCCGCCGGACUCGGACGAUUGGGACCUGAAGAUCGAGUAUGCCCAGCUGAAGGACAGUGGCAUCUACGAGUGUCAGGUCAACACGGAACCGAAGAUCAAUCUGGCGGUGUACCUGGACGUGACAGAGGACCGGGAUUUUGUGCAAGCAUCGGGAGGCAACCAUUUCUUGGGACCCGCGGGACUAGACUUUCUCUCGACAGCAGCCCGGGCCAAAAUUAUCGGCUCGCAGGAGGUGCACGUGAAGAAGGGCAGCACCAUCUCGCUGUCCUGCGUUGUGAACGUCCUGGCGUCGUCCAUCUCGUGGUACCACGGAUCGUCGGUGGUCGACUUCGAUUCGGCCCGCGGAGGCAUCAGCCUGGAAACGGAGAAAACCGAAACCGGCACCAGCAGCCGCCUGAUGUUGACACGGGCCACCCUGCGGGACUCGGGCAACUACACCUGCGUUCCCUCGGGGGCCAUCUCCGCCAGUGUACAGGUUCACGUUCUGAACGGUGAACAUCCAGCUGCAAUGCAGACAAGCAACGGAGUGCUGCUCUGUUCGUCACGAUACGUACUAGUUUUUGUACUGCUUGCAGCCCUAAAUAGUUGUAAUUUAAGUAAAUUAAUCUCCUUCAUAUCAACAACCCUACUCGGAACGGAAAGGCAACUGCGCUGUGCGGUCUUGCUGGUGGCGUCAACGGCAUCAGUCAGAUUCGUUGCCGGUUUUUCGCCCUCCCGCGGUAGCAACUGUUUCAAAAUCCGAACAUGCUCCACCAGCAGCAGCACUUUUUCCAGCUCGCAAAUUAGCUUACAAAGCUUGAACGAAGCCCCGACGCUGGAGCAGAAAAGAUGAUCCCCACGCUAGCUAAAAUAUCGUUAAUCCCAUCCAACAACGAGGUAUCCUUCUAGAAAAUAAAAACUUCUCAUCGGCGGCGUCAUCACCUGGCCCCCAGCCAGGCCCCAUUCUCAUCCGAUGAGUUCCCCUUCAUCAGCUUUGCGUCAUCCAACCGGCGUCGGACGGUUCAUGCGAGCGUCAGAGGUCAUCCUUGUGAAUAAGAACCCGAUUACCAACUAAACUGUAGUGAAUAAGCAUAAAGAGUAAACUCAUCUGGACCGGCUCAGAAAAAAGUGAGAUUCCUUCUACGACAAAAACUAGAUGUAGUGUGUACCUAAUUGGAAAGAGAACUUUUUCUAAUACUCAACCAACACCUGUAAUUUCUGGAUUGUCUGAUACGGGGUUGUACUGUUUACUGUUCGGAGAAAAGGGAAAGUGACAAUUAGAUGGUUUCUGUUUUUCUUCUGUGGAUGUUCAACUGGAAGAAGAUGGCUCAAUAUGCAGAGUAAAAUGGUACAAAAUUUGUAAAUUCGUGAUAUCUGGGAGGCAUCUGGGAGGAUAUGCUUCUCUCAAGUGCUCAACAUAAGUCCGUUGUUCGGAAUUACGGCACCCAAAGAAAAAAGAAAAUACGAACAACAGGAAAAUCAUAAAAACCAAUAAAUUACCAUUACACACGGAGACAAAUUUCGUUCGUUUGAAACAAAAAUAUUCAUGUUUAUUCGGUAAACUGAUAAAAUUUUUGAAACUAUAAUAUUAAUUUUUAAAACUAACUCAAUAACAUAUUGAUUUUUACAAUACCCAUUGAAGAGCUCCCCGUUCCGCCGUCGAGAACAUAAACAAAACUCUCAAGUUCCAGCUGCAGCACCAAACAAGAUUUCCUCUUGCAAAAAAAGGCAAGUUUCACCAAAAGUUUCCACGAAAUCCCAUUGAUUUCGGGAGCGUAUGUUAUCUACAUGAUGCUGGCAUUGAAAGUGCCACGCGGGAAGUGGGUUUUCCUAGAGAAGGAAAUGACUUUGUAAAUUUGAUUGGAAAACAAAUUAUCCGUAGGGCCGACCUGCCACAAAAAAACAUUUUUUUUUACAUUUGUUUCUAACAUAACCUGUCAGAAGAUGCAUGUUUGUUUCAAAAAUGGAUUAAAUUUGCUUCAAAUGUGACGUUCGAUUUGCUCCAAACAGUUUUAUUUUUGUUGCCAGAACAAAUAGAGAAUUUAUUUGAGUUUACCUGAAAUAUUUUUGAUUUUACCGUGCUUUUUUCUGCGUGCAUGAUAUUUUUGCUUGCUUUUUGCCUAGUUUAUAAAUGCUACUGAUUCUACUACAAAUUAAAUUAAGAAUCAAUCUUCGAAGUCUGCAACUCUGUUGUAGCUACUGUUCGUGUUUGAAAAUCAACUCUGAAAUUAGCUCUGCCAAUUAACUUCAGAUCUGAAUUGAGGGGCCCAGAAUCAAAGGGGUGUAAGUGACCAUUUUGUCGAUUUUGAGCUAAGCAUAUCCAAAAGUUCUUCAGAUUUCAAGCUUUCAGAAACUUUUUAAAGAUUAUUUUUACGAUGAUUAGAAAAAAUACAAUAAACCGUAGAAAAUUGGGUAAGAUUGUUCGAAGGAAAAAGUGAAAAAGAAGCGUGUUUGGGGCAGUUGCGAUGGGGAUCUCGGUCGCGUUGCAUUGUUCGAAGGAAAAUGUGAAAAAUGACGCGUGUUUGGGGCGGUUGCGAGGGGGUUCUCGAUCAGGUGGCAUUGUUCGGCGGAAAAAAAACGAAAAGUGACGCGUGUUUGAGGCAGGUGCACAUUGUCCUUCCUUGAAGCGAUAAAAAUGGAUGCACACUUUGUAACCAACAGUAUUGCAGAAAAUUGAAUCAGACAAGGAGUGGUUGCGGUCAUUCGACGACAUGAAACAGGGUGAGAUCAUUCCGAUUUUUUUUUCUUUACAUCCUAGAAGGAGUUGGGGUAAUUUCGCCAAUGCUUUUUCAUGAGGACUCCUGGAGUCUGGUAAUAUUUGCAAAUUAAUCUUGUAUCUUUGGUGCUGGCCUAAUAUUGAAGCAAUAAAAUGUUAGAAGAAAAUAAUUGCAGCUCACAACAAUCAAUGAGCAAAUUAAAAAUAAUUGGCUUAAUUACCUCAACGGCUGUCGAUCACAGGUAACACAUGGAACUACUCUUAGUAAAAUACAUAAUUCGAAAAAAGCUAUCUAAGCUUGAAAGUAUAUUCACCGUAUACUCUAAGUUAAAUACUGUGAGAAACGCGUGGCUAUUUUCGUGAGUCGGUCGGUUUUCUCGGUAGGGAGAUGGGGACGCAAAUAUUGAAUGCGAAAUCAGAAGCCCGCGAUAACUUUCGUGGGAAAGUCGGGUUUCACGGUUAAGUGAACGAUCAACGCGAUGACGCGUUUAAUAAUGAACGAUCGUUGACGUAUAUGCAUUGCCCUUUCUAUGUGUCGUGUAUUUUCAUAUAACUAGUGGAUCAAAUCACCUACCAAAGAUGGCCCCAAAAUCCACGCCUUACCCUACCUACUAACAAAUAAUCCUUCCCGAGACAACUGUGGGAAUGCUGUGUAUCCCACGGUUUCUAGUAACAACAGUUGUCGAAUUAAUAUUCCUUUCCUUUCCCGAUGACCGUAAGGACGUUGUCGGUGCCGUUAUUGACUUUAUAAUAUUGAACUCUCGAAUUGUGCACAUUGAGAGUGUGUAGCUAGUACCAUUCAUUGGUUCUGUGUUCAACUUCGAUAGUUCUGGUCAAUCACGGAGUAGCAACUACGAUGCACCGAGAAAAUUUUCUACUCAAU